AUCCCGCCGCUCCCCGAACAAUGCACCAAACGUCGAUCACGGACAGCGACGACAGCAGCGACGACUCCCAACCGGCGAACGACGCCAAGACUCCAACGCCAGCCCAAAGCCGCGACACGAAAACGACCGGCGGCAACAGCAGCGACGGCGGCGGCGGCAACCGUCGGAAGCGGCCGGCGACGGAGUCGUCGUCGUCGACGAAAUUGCGCGACAACGGAGAGUCCGGGAGGAAAGCGGUCAAGAUCGAGAGCAUACCCGACAUACUCGUCAUCACCUGCGGCACUCUGAGCGCCGAACUGCACGUCAGCAAGCUCGGGCAGGGCUCAUGCGGCGCAUGCAUUCACUACCGCGACGAAUGGCUGACGCCGAAUCAGUUGCAGAUGCUUGCGGGAAAGGAGACGACGAAGGACUGGAAGCGCAGCAUACGAUUCCGCGGGCAGUCGAUGAAGUGGUGGGUCAGUCGCGGGUUGGUGCGGCCGCAUCCGUCGACGUGCCGCUGCAGCAACUGCGGAGUGAAGCGGCCGGUUGCGGCGUCGAGACGGACGAAAUCGAGGAGGGGGGCGGAGGCCGCCACGCCCACGCGUGACGUCAUUUGUGCCGACCAGAAUUCGAGGUCGGUGGCGGAGUCGGACGUGCUGAAGUCGGACGGCGUGAGGGUUUGGAGUGGGGCAACGACGACGACGUCUGAAGCGGACGAUGCUGAUGGUUUGGUUGAUAGCCCGGAAAUGACGUCAUCAAACCGGAAAUUGCGGCAAGGCGUGAAGUUGACUGAGUUGGAGCAAGGGAAUUGUUCGACUUCGGGACAACUGUCAAUUGGAGAGGGUGGACGAAUGGAUCAAUCAUUCUGGAAUAAUUUGAAAUUACGAAAGUUAUCGAAUGACAUUGGAAAUUCGCCUCUAACCGACGAGUCACGAACUCCACUUGAUGGCGAAGUUAAACUAAACGGCAGUUCAUCGUCUUCAUGUAGCAAGCCACACAUAUCACUAAUUAUUCAAGAGCAACAUCUUCCGGUUGAUCCAGAAAUGUGGUCUGUUGACGAGGUUUGUGUUUUCAUCAAGAAACUGGGAUUCGGCGGCUACAGCUGCUUCUUCAAGGAAAACGAAGUCGAUGGUGAAGCUCUCAUGCUGAUGAGAGAGGAGCACCUGCUGAAUACAUUUAGACUGAAACUGGGACCCGCACUCAAGUUAUACAAACUUAUCAGGAAAUUGCAUACGUUGCAGGGUUAGGAUGUUUGAUUGGAAACGAGAGAUGUUUAUGGUAGGUUUUAACAGAUUGAGAAGUCGAUUAAAAUGUGCAUGUGGUAAUAGGUUUUACUACCUAAACAUGGCAGACUGCCAGCUGUUGUCUUUUGGUGUUAGUUUUUGAAUUGCAGACAGUGAUGAUGGUACUGAUUGAAAUAUAAUGUUUUGACAGAC